UUUCCUCUCUUCAAUAAAAAGAAAAUAAUAUACUAUUAAGGAAUUAAAAGUUUUUCCACAACAAUCACGAAACCCCUGUAAACUCUCUGUCUCCUGUCUAGAGUCUCGAAAAAUUCCCUAUUCUUGAUCCAAUUUUUCUCUGAUUUUUUAAAAUUUGUUUUUCAGGGUUCCUUUACAUUUUCUAUUGGAGGCUUUUGGGGGGUUUUUUUAUUGAAUAUUUCCUUCGGUCGUCAUCGCAGACGAAGAACAACAACGUUAACAUAACCAUCGGCAGAGUCAGCAACACAAGCCGGAGACCCUGAAGUUCUCGCGAGUUAGGAUUUCUAGUUGUAUUUUGUUUUUGGGUUUUGUGCCUGUUUUAGGGUUUGAGUAGGUUUCCAAUCGGAGCCCCUAAUUUUGGUGUUGUAAUCUUUCCUUUAUAGUCUUAUUAUAAGGAAAAAGAAGGAUUAGCUUUUUAUUCUGUAAUUUCAGUUUCAAUUUUGGCUGUAUCCUCCCUAAUACUCUACAAUCAGCAAUAAUUUGAUUCUUACCGCUGCAUUUAUUAUUUUUUUUUUGUUUUUAUAUAACUUAGGAAGGAAAGGAAAACAAAAAAAAAUCUGUGUAAAAAUAUUAUCAAUAAAAUUUUGAUUAAUUCUCAUUUUGUUGCCAGAAAGGAAAAGAAAAAAGUGAGACUGAGUGAGAGGGAAAAAAAAAAAAAGAGAAAAAAAUUAUAAAAAAAUAAAGAAAAUGGGGAGUCCUGGAUUGGGAACUGGAAACAGUGGGCAAAGGUUAGGCAUCACGGAACCUAUUUCGUUGGGAGGACCGACUGAAUAUGAUGUGAUCAAAACCCGAGAGCUUGAGAAGUAUUUGCAAAAUGUGGGAUUGUACGAGAGUCAAGAGGAGGCUGUUAGUCGAGAGGAAGUAUUGGGGAGGCUUGAUCAGAUUGUGAAGAAUUGGGUUAAGGCAAUUAGCCGUGCUAAAGGUUUGAAUGAGCAAUUGGUUCAAGAAGCAAAUGCUAAGAUAUUCACUUUUGGUUCUUAUCGGCUAGGGGUACAUGGUCCUGGUGCAGAUAUAGAUACCCUUUGUGUGGGACCUAGACAUGCGACACGAGAAGAGGAUUUCUUUGGUGAACUACACAAGAUGCUAUCAGAGAUGCCUGAAGUGUCGGAAUUGCACCCUGUGCCUGAUGCUCAUGUCCCGAUCAUGAAAUUCAAAUUCAAAGGAGUUUCCAUAGAUCUUCUUUAUGCAAAACUCUCACUUUGGGUUAUUCCUGAAGACUUGGAUAUUUCGCAAGAUUCUAUAUUACAAAAUACAGAUGACCAGACAGUUCGUAGUCUUAAUGGUUGCAGAGUCACUGACCAAAUUUUACGGUUGGUUCCAAAUAUUCAGAAUUUCCGUACAACUUUGAGAUGCAUGAGAUUUUGGGCAAAACGUCGUGGUGUUUAUUCUAAUGUUGCUGGUUUUCUUGGUGGUAUAAACUGGGCUUUGCUUGUUGCUCGCAUAUGUCAGCUAUACCCUAAUGCUUUGCCCAAUAUGUUAGUUUCUCGAUUUUUUAGGGUGUAUACCCAGUGGCGUUGGCCAAACCCUGUCAUGCUUUGUGCAAUCAAGGAAGGAUCUCUUGGUCUUCAAGUUUGGGAUCCCCGAAAAAAUCCUAAAGAUAGAUAUCAUUUGAUGCCUAUAAUUACUCCUGCUUAUCCUUCUAUGAACUCUAGUUACAAUGUGUCAUCAAGUACUUUGCGAAUCAUGACAGAUGAAUUUCAGAGGGGUAGUGAAAUUUGUGAGGCUAUGGAGGCAAACAAAGCUGACUGGGAUGCCCUUUUUGAGGCUUAUGCCUUCUUCGAAGCAUACAAGAAUUAUCUACAAAUAGAUAUCUCUGCCGAAAAUGAUGAUGAUUUAAGAAAUUGGAAAGGCUGGGUUGAGUCCCGUCUCCGUCAACUCACAUUGAAGAUUGAAAGGCACACAUAUAACAUGCUUCAAUGCCACCCACAUCCUGGCGAUUUUCAAGACAAUUCUAGGCCCUUCCAUUGCAGUUACUUUAUGGGCUUGCAACGCAAACUAGGAGUUCCAGUAAAUGAAGGCGAACAAUUUGAUAUAAGGUUAACUGUCGAGGAGUUUAAACACUCUGUUAAUACGUACACUUUGUGGAAGCCUGGAAUGGAAAUCCGUGUAUCUCAUGUAAAACGUAGGAGCAUACCUAGCUUUGUAUUUCCUGGUGGUGUCCGUCCUUCCCGUCCAUCUAAAGCAACCUGGGAUAGUAGGAGGGCAUCAGAUGCAAAAGUUUCUGGUCAUGCUGGUUCAGACAAGCCUGGUGAAGUUAAAGGAGCUGCAGAUGGACAGGUUGAUGGAAAGAAGAGGAAGAGGGCAGAUGACAGUGCAGAUACUCAAUUGAAAAACAGCAAAUAUAUCACUGCUGUGCCUUCUUCUAGUGCAGAAGUUCAGGCGGGUAGUCCUGGCGGUACUGUGAGUCCUUGUUCCUUGAAGGGUGACAAUGUAGAUGCAACAGGAUUGGUUGAACCAACAAGGGGAAAAGAUGAGAGCAAUAUGACAAAUGGCUCAAAAACUUCAAGUACAGAUGAACUUUCUUCCCUCAACAGUGAGGUUGAUGGAUCACUUAGAUGUAUUCCUCCACAUACGGGUUUGCAUGUGACCGCUGAUGCAUCAAGCUCUAAAGAGGCAGAGAAGUUGGCUAUUGAGCAGAUAAUGUCUGGUCCAUAUGUCUCCCACCAAGCUUUUCCAGAGGAACCUGAAGAGCUUGAAGAUGAUUUAGAAUUUAGGAACCGGGUUGUAUCUGUGGGGAACACUAACAAUGGCCCUCUGCAGGCUCCAGUGUCAGAUGCAGCAGGAGCUGCACCGAUAAUUUCAAGCAAUGGAGCUGGUCCUUCCAUCAGUUUACAUGCUAGCGGGAGUAUAGAGGAGUUAGAGCCUGCGGAACUUACUGCAAUGACAUCAAUCCCUGUUGCACCUGUGGUCCAGAAGAAGCCGCUAAUAAGAUUGAACUUCACGUCCUUGGGUAAGGCUUCGGAGAAAAGUGGGUAAAAGGGGGGUUUUUAGAGAAGUGGUUUUCACAGUAGUUUGGGAAGGUGGGGUUAUGCAUCAUAACUGAAGUUAAUUGAUCCCUUUCCAUCCUUUCUUAAACAGUUAAGACUUGUAGUUAAUAAAAAAGAAUUGUCAGAGUUUGCAAGAAUUCCAGCUUUCAGUUGUGUAAAUGAAAUGGUAGACCGCUAAUGCUAUAAGUAUUAUAAGGAUAAAGCAGCUGGAAAACCUAUUUGCUGUAAUGCUUCCGGCUUUUUAUAUUUCAGUACCUUUUUCUUUUA